AUGGAUCAAAUGGCUGAGGUUGCCUCGGUGAACAGACCAUUUGCAUGGUUUCGUAAAAAAGCUAACAACCCGGAGGUCAACCUUGAAGAGCCCAAACUCGAAGUGAAUUUUGAAGAAGAGUGUUAUGAAAAUAUUGAUUUUGCAAAUGAAGCAAUUUCUACCCGAUUUAGACCUACGACCAUGGAUUGUGAACAAAGAAUUUGUUCUCGAGAGGACAAACCUCAACAUAACUCCCUCAAAGUUACUACAGUUGAACGAAAUGAUCAGUUUUCAGAGGUAAUUGAUGAAGAAAGCUUCAUUUCGUCCACCAUCUCGCUGUUUUCCUGUGACUCAAUUCGUGGCGCUGCUCUUCAAAGUUCUAUGUCCUCUUCCAAACACUUUCCACUGGAACAACUUUCCAUACGCCCCGUUGAGAAAGGAGUUAUCAGCAGAAAUUCAAAUGAUGAUAGAAAAAAAACAGAAAAAGAAGCUAAACCACAGGGAGCAAUGGAAAGCAUUGGUUCUGUUCACGUUGAGGAGCAGACUCCGAAGAACAUAUACACUGCACUAGAAGGGAAGACUCAAUGGAUCUCAAAGAAAGUGAUCACAGGAACAUGGAUAGGCAAUGGUCUUGUUGUCCGCCGAUCCCUGAGUGGACGCAGAUUUGGUUUCUUCGAAAGAGUAACAGGCGAAAAAUUGGAAGUAAGACAAAACAAGUCAAUAACAAGGAUCUUGUAUCUGAGAAGAGGUGAUUUCGAAAUAGAGUUUGUCAUUCAGAGCGACGGACAAAUUAAGGCAAUAGUUCUGGGGCAAUCCAUUAGCACCCACAGAAAUAGAGAGGGAGUUGGAGCAAUAAGCAAUAAGCGCUCAAAAUUCCAGGAAUUGCUGGUAACAUACGGAACUCAGUCCGAUAUUGUACAGCUCCUGGCGCCUCAGUAUGACCACUAUUGUAUCUUCACAUCCAACUCAACCCGGCGAUUUGACAUCCAGAAGCAAAAGAGAUCGAGCUGUAUCAUUGUAUCAUCCACAAAGACCGGUAGUAGAUUGAAGCUCGUGUUUAAGGAUAGCCAUGAACAGAUGAAAGCGUUAGCAUCUAAGAUGGAUGCGGAGGACGGGGAACGAUUAGCCAAAGGACAGAAGUCCGCUCAUUCAGUAUCGCCUUUAACAAGAAAUCUCAAAACGAAACAUGAUAAUAUGUCCUCUUUUGAUACUGAAUUCCGGACCUCAGAAGCGAAGACGCUCAGGAAGGACCACAUCUCCAAAACUGAUACUGACACGAAGACCAAGCUCGACAAUACUUUAUCCAACCAGACAUAUGAAAGCAAAAGAUCUAAAGAUGAAUCAAAGGCCCGUGGUUAUGAUAAUGACGAAAUAGUAUCUAUCAAGGAGCCCAAGGGUAUUCUUAAAGCUAAUUCCAUUUCAAUGCCUGCAAAGACACACGCACCAGCAUUUUCAAUUCUAGAAUCAGAGGAAGAAUUGAAACAAACUGUCCAAUUUGUCAACGGAAGCUGGAGCUGUGGAACGCUUCAGGCUCUGGCUAAAUAUGGUGGACUAGCAUAUGGGAUCCAGGAAGACUCAUCAAAUGAAACAGUCGAGGUGUUGCACACCUCACAAGGAUCAAUUGUCCUAUACUACUUUGAUUAUGAAGCCGAAGAUGGAUAUCGCUUUGUCAUCCUGCUUACAGGAGAAAUUAAAGUAAUGACAAGUCUGGGAAAGUAUCUAUCCGAAACAAGAGACGAACAUGGUCAAAGGGCGCUUCCGUACGAGGUUGCUGAUAUCAAAGGAGUUGUUGUUCUGUCUUAUGAAUCACCGAAUGCAGCUCGAUUUCUAGCUUUUCUGCCGGCGAAUUACCAACUCACUACAACCAAGUCGGGUCGUCGACGAUUUGAUUUGGGACUACUUGAUUUGGAAACUGGUGAGCCUUCGUCUUCAAUUACCAUUGAAAACAAGGACAACGGAAAUCUGAUUCUGUUUAUUUUCCCCAUAGUCAAUUCAACUACUCGGAGAUAUUACAAAAGAGCUUCAGUAGUGUUUGAAGAAACGACUCGCCAACGAGGCACUGAAGCUCACAGGUCACAAAAAAGUCCUUCGUCUACGUCAGAAAAGCAAAUGGAAAAUUUGAAAGACAGUUGCAACACAAACGAUACGCAAAUAAGUCGGGACGUAUUGGGACAAGACUCCUUGAACAGGGCAUGUAAAAGCGUCAAAUUUCGGCCUGAUCAGCUCAAGCAUUCCCAAAAGUCACAAAUUCAAAGUUUAAGUGGAAAAUCUAAGCAUUCAAAAGCAAAGAACAGCAAAAAUUUGUUAUCUGGCCAUGUCAAACAUGAAGAUCAAGCGAACACAUCAUUAUCAUCGAAAAAUCAAUGCAUCACCAACAAUAUCAAAGGAAUUCUCAAGGUUGAUAAUUCCAAAGCCAUCGAUUUUGAAUCAAAAUUACGGGAGACGCGACGAGGAUAUUCUUCGAAACUUUUGAAUGUUCGCUUUUCGCCAAACAUUGAGAUCCAGCAGUUAUCAAAUCAGUUCCGAGACAUCCAGGGAAGCGAAGAUGAGACCAAGGAAGAACUUUGGGAGGCUGCAUCGAAUCCGCUCCUGGACUUUAGUCUUUUGGUGAAUAAAACACUUACAGAAAGUGGAGAACCUACUCACCGGCUCGGAUUUCUACGGAAACUCGAGGAAGCAUAUCCCAAAGAAUUAAUCGAACUUCAAUCACCAACGCCCUACAUUUCAAGUUCCGACUUGGGAGCCGAAAUCCAUCGUAAAAGCCAAAAGAUGAUUCGAAAGUCUCGAUUCGAAUCGGAUUUGCCUAUGAUGAUUAUCACUUCGCUGCUUUCCAAUUCUGGUGUAAGUUUAUCGAAGGAGAAAGACUGA